CUGACCUGUACCCCAUGCAAUCAGAAGACUGAAGACCUGCUUAGUUGCAUGAGUAACAAGCUAUGAAUUCUGUAUCUCAGCGUGUGGCACUAAAUGACGGUCACUUCAUCCCUGUACUGGGGUUCGGAACCACUGUGCCUCAGAAGGUUCCUAAGGAUGAAGUUAUCAAGGCUACCAAAAUAGCUAUCGAUGCUGGAUUCCGGCAUUUUGAUUCUGCAUAUGUGUACCAAAUAGAAGAAGAAGUAGGACAGGCCAUUAGAAGCAAGAUUGCAGAUGGCACUGUGAAGAGAGAAGAUAUAUUCUAUACUUCAAAGCUCUGGAGCACUUUCCAUCGACCAGAACUGGUUCGAUCUUGCUUGGAAAUGUCACUGAAGAAAGCUCAAUUGGACUAUGUUGAUCUGUACGUUAUUCAUUUCCCAAUGCCUUUGCAGCCUGGAGAUGUUUUUUUUCCAAAAGAUGAACAUGGAAAUCUGUUGGUAGACCCUGUGGAUCUCUGUGACACAUGGGAGGCCAUGGAGAAGUGUAAGGAUGCAGGGUUGGCCAAAUCCAUUGGGGUAUCCAACUUUAACCGCAGGCAGCUGGAGAUGAUCCUGAACAAGCCAGGGCUCAAGUACAAGCCUGUGUGCAAUCAGGUAGAGUGUCAUGUUUAUCUGAACCAGAGCAAAAUGCUGGACUAUUGUAAGUCAAAAGAUAUCGCUCUGGUUGCCUACUGUACAUUGGGAAGUUCACGAGAUGCAUUAUGGGUGGACCAAAAGAGUCCAGUUCUCUUAGAUGAUCCAGUUCUUUGUGCCAUGGCCAAAAAGUACAAGCAAACUCCAGCGUUGGUUGCCCUUCGUUACUUGUUGCAGCGUGGGAUAGUAGCCCUGGCCAGGAGUUUCAAUGAGAAACGGAUCAAAGAGAACAUGCAGGUUUUUGAAUUCCAGUUGACUUCAGAGGACAUGAAAAUCCUAGAUGGCUUGAACAGAAAUUUAAGAUACAAUUCUGGACAUUUCUUUAAUGGACAUCCCAAUCAUCCAUUUACUGAUGAAUAUUAACAUGGAGGCCCUUGUCAGAAUUCUUACCAGAAGAUCUGUUUUAUGCAUCAUGAUAUGAGAGGUGUCUUGGAUAUUGGCAAUUGAACACAUCACUUCUUAUCAGACUUGUCUUGUUAAUUCUGUCAGCUAGAGCUAAGUCUCCAGAGCUGUUUGGGAAGUCGGAAAGGCAACAUCAAGAUGUUUAUCCCAAAGAUUCUUAUGUUUUGAAAGAUUAAUUUAUUUUUAUUUUACAUAUAUGAGUCCUACAUG